UUUUAAUCAUUAAAGGAGUGUAUUAUGGCUUCACAACAAAAACACAUGGUACUCGAGGCAGUUCAGGCGGCUAGUCAGAGAUGGAAAACGUCGUUUAACACAGGAAAUUCUGCAGGUUGCGCAGCAGAAUAUGAAAAAGAUGCCUCUAUGAAUGCACAACCGUUUGGAGUAUAUAAUGGGCGUGAUGAAGUACAAGGAUUUUGGCAAAAGCUUAUGGACGAUGGCUUUAGAGAUGUGGAUUAUAUCGAUCCGAAAAUUGAAGUUAUUGAUGAUCGCUCGGCUGUUUUAUCUUCAAAGUGGAAGAUGAAUAAGGCACAAGGUGUGAUUCAUAAAGAGUUAUGGGUAAUACAAGCCGAUGGCAGCGCCAAAUUAAGAGAAGAUAAUUUUGAAGCAUUGGCUUAAGUCAGUUAUUGGAUAUUAUUUCAAAUGGCAUUGAUUAUCAUUGAAAAGUGUUGUUAGCAAAACGCCAUACUCUAUUAGAACAAUGUCAAUGACGACAAGAUGUAUUUUAAUUCAUGUCAAUUUAUACACGUGUAUUGUCAAGGCAUAAACAUCUUCUCGUUUGUAAAUUAAACGAAAGUUUAAAGGUCUUUAAAGCCAAAAUGUUUCGUGUCCUUACCUAUUGCACGUCAAUGUGUAUAAUCAGUAGAUCAGUUGAAGAAUCUUUCGGUCGCUCAACAGUGCGAGUUCUAUAAUAUACAGUACCAAGUGGACCGUUAUACUUAUAGGAAAGUUUAAAGGUCUUUAAAGCCAAAAUGUUUUGUGUCCUUACCUAUUGCACGUCAAUGUGUAUAAUCAGUAGAUCAGUUGAAGAAUCUUUCGGUCGCUCAACAGUGCGAGUUCUAUAAUAUACAGUAUCAAGUGGACCGUUAUACUUAUAGGACAGUUGCGAAGUAUAAAAUAACAACGGAUAGCAUCAUAGAUUGCAUUGACAUACACGAAAUUGUAGGUAUUGUUUCAAUACUACACAAUGUGUAUUGUAUGUAUAAUGGAUUACUACCUAAAGCUGUUUUCCACUACUCCAACGAAUCUACGCAGCGAGUACUUGCAUCCAAUUAAAAAGAACUCAAAACGAGCUUAUGAGCACUGUUGGUUAUUUUUAGCUAAAUGCAAGUGCUCGCAGCUCUCUGCGAGUCAUUAGACAGAUUUAGAAAAGACGACGUGAAAAUGGCGUGUUGUCCAUAUAUGGAUGUGCCACGCCACUUUGACGCCAUUUUCACGUCGUUUUUGAGGUCGCGUCGUCUUUUCUAAAUCUGUCUAUUCUCGUACGGUACGCGCGGUGCGACGAGGGGCUCUGGCCAAAUCCAUAUCCGAACUGGCAUCUGAUUGGCUAGUUCUAACACCGGCUAUUGUUUUCUUACCAUGUUUUUAUGGUAUCCGGUUAUGGAUUUGGCCAGAGCCCCUCGUUGCACCGCGCGUAAGAAGGGCUCUGGCUACGAGAAUGUUUGCGAGUGGAUUCGUGCGAGUAGUGGAAAACAGGCCUAUAACACGAUGAAAAAAACGUGAAUAAUUACCACUAUUCUGUUUCUUUCGUUUUGAUAUUGAUCCAGUGCUACCUUUUCUGCUAUUCAUUUCUCGACACUUUCUACACUGGAUCCAAGAAGUUCAUACUGCUUCAGGAUAUUAAUCUUUAAAUUCAAUCAAAAGCCAAAUAUAUCAGCUAUGUUUUAUUGUGUACUGAUUGAUGCACAUUGUAAAGGAUCUGUUUAGAAGAGAUAUGACUUUUUCACGCAAAACGCGGGACACGCGCGCAGACAAUCAGUGGAUUAUUGAUAAACUCGUGUAGGAAUUUCGUAUUAAAGUUUAUUUUCACUGUUUUUGUA